AUGAAUGUUGUUGAUUUGAAGAAAGAGCUCAGUGCUGUGAGUGGCUUGAUCAAUGCAAGAAGAGAAAGCCUCAACAAUGCUGUUACAUGUGCUGACAAAGCCAAAGAAGCAGCUUUGGUUGGCAACUUGUCCAAGAAGAUCCAGGGCAGCUUAGUGUGCUCCAUUGCUGAAGCCCAAAGCUUGUAUGACUGCUUGAAGGGCACCAACUUGGAGAAUGAUUACAAGGAUGUCUUGAAAAACAGCAUUGACGCUGCCUUGACUUCCGGGGCUACCACCAAUGCCAUGCCUGUGGCUGUGAAGCCACAGAAGUUGAUCCACCUUCAGAACUACCUGACCCACUCUGAUUGGAACACCAUUGGUUCCCCUGAUGCCAGCUACAUUGCCAAGUUGAACUGUGUAGCCCAAAGGUGGAGGUCUUUGGGGAUUAGAAGCCUGCAUGAGCAGACUGCCAAGCAUGGUGUGGCAAUUCUCUUGUGCCAUGACUUGAAAUCAACUUUCAUGUCCACAACCUGUGAAGGCAUUGAUGCCUUGCCCUAUGUCAAGGAAUUCCCAGAGAACCACACUCAGCUGCCAAGUGAGCUUGCAGAAGCAGCUUACCAUGGCAAGAUGCCAUCACCCAAGCAGCUGGAGCAAAUCAAGCCCAUUCUGAAGCACAUUGCACUGAGGUCCACAAGCAAGCUUCUGAGGGAGAAGGCUACACAGACCCCUUCUGCAUCUAGCCAGCCAGACCAAGGGCAUGUCAGCUCUGGAAGUGGCAGCAAUGCUAUGCAGGCUGAAGCUAUGUGUGGAAUGAUGAUGCAAAUGUCCAACUUCUUUCAAUCCAUGAAAGAGCACAUGGGCUACAUGCAAGGCAAUGGGUCACAGCCAAUGGCUUCACCCACAGUCUCUAGCAGCAUCAAGCUGUCACCUGGCAAGCAGAAACAGGCUUUGGAAGACUUCCAGCCAAAGCCAAGGCAAGCUGCAUUGGCACUUGAAGACAAGCAUGCUGCCACCCAGCCACCAGAACCCCAAGUCAAGCUGCCAGUGGAAUGCCAACAGCACAAUGAUGAGCACUUGGGCACUUCAGCUGAGGACUAUGAAAAUGCUACUUUUGAUGCUUUGAAAGCCAGGGCCAGUGACAAGAAAAAGGAAAAGGGCAUCAAAGCCCAGGGUAAGAAAGAUGCACAAGUGACCAAGAAGAAUGGCAAGGAGAAGAAGCCCAAAGCAAAGGCAAAAGCACCCUCGAAGAGGCCUGCUGCUGCAAUGGGACCUUCUGAGCAUGGCCAUGGCCAAGCUUCUGGCAAUGCUGGCUCCACUCAGUACAUCCUGCCUGACCUUGAGAAGCAGGAUUUGGAA